AUGCAUCGUUGUUUUAUACGUACACACGCACUUUUUUAUGAAUUUCAACAAGAGUGUAAGGCAGCAUGUUUUGCAUGUGGUAUAGAGAGUUGCAAUUCAUGUUAUGGUGAUGGUGAAGAGUUUUCUGUUGUUUAUGAUAAUGAGAGGCGCAAGAAUUAUGAUGUUAUUUUUUACACGAGUUCUAAUGAUAGUACAUGCAGUUGUAGAAAGUUUGAGAGUGAAGGGAUAUUGUGUAGACAUAUCUUGUUUAUAAUGAAGGGAAAGUUCUUAUGUGAAAUUCCAUCUAAAUAUUUGUUGCGUCGUUGGUCAAAAUAUGCCCUUAAGCAACCAAUGUCUAAUUUCGAAGGUUGGUCAUUUGUGGAAGAUUCUUCAAGGAGUGGUAGAAAAAAACAACUUCUCUCUGAUUGUUGGUCUGAAAUGUUUUCUUGUGUGAGUUUGGCCGAGGACACAGAAGAUAAUUUGUUUGAAUUAGUUGAGAAAUUAAGUGUGUUUGAGGAGGAAUUGAAGAAAAAGAAGUGUGGUGAAGGCGAGGCAACUAGGAAAGACCAAACUGCUUCUGAUGCUGAUAUACUUGAGCUACUUGUUGGCUCAAAGUUUGGGGAGGUUGAUGUUCUCCCUCCUAAUGUUUGUCUUACCAAGGGAUCUGGAAGAAGUUCCAAGAGGCUAAAGAGUGCGAAAGAGAAAGCAGUUGAAGUGCGAAAGAGAAAGCAGUUGAAGUGA